AAUGAAGCCAUUGCCUUAGAGCCAUUCUCUGAGAUAAAACAAGAAAAUGUCUCACCUAAGACAUCCACAUCCGAUGAAGAUGUUAAACAAAUUUCAAAUCAUCCAGCUUUUUUGAACUCUUACGAUGAACCAUUAAUAAGGACUAUAGAUUCUUUGAAAGAACAAGCCAGCAUUGAAGAAGGUGAAAUUAUUGUAUACAACCAAAUGCAGCUUAAUGAAACCAGAGAAAGUUCUGCCCAAAGUGACUCUGUGGUUUUCGGUGAUGUUGAGUCAGAAAAAUUCCAAAUUAAAGAUAGUAACAGCGAAGAAGAAUCUGCAAGGGCACCGCUGAUACGUCAUUACACAAUCGCUGGAGACGAUCCCAGAGGCAUGUUUAGGUCUGUCACCCUUGAAGAUGCUAGAAAUGAUAUAGAAAUUGGUAGCAAAGAUCUUAUGACUGCUUCUAGCAUCAACAGCACUAACAGUUUAUUUUUAGACGACGAAAUUUCGGAAAACAUUCGCAAGAAAAUGUUGGCCUUUUCGCUAUCUGAAACGGAUUCAGAUUGCAUUGACCCAAGAAAUAUUAACCAAGAGAACUUUGAAAUAAACACGGCUAUGGCAGACAUUUUGGGCACAUCUACUGAAACUGAAUCUACAAUUGUAUCGGCGGCCACGAAAAUACAAGCGGGAGCUCGUGGGUUUCUUACCAGGCGACGAAUGCGACGCGCUAGUGCCGGUACUAAAUCCUCAACCCAAGAGACAAAGGCAUCCUUUGGAAACGCUGCCAUUAGCGAAUCUUUUGAGCGACUCAUUGAGGAAGAAGCUGCGAAAAAAAUACAAGCCGCAUAUCGUAUACACACAAGAAAACUUAAAGGACAUAAUCGAAAAAUGCAAGGUAUCAGCUUAGAAAGCAAUUUAGCCGCCAGGCGUCAAAAAUUGCAGCGCGGGGACGCGCUUCGGAAUGACUCGACGCCUGAUGAAGAUAACAUUCCUCUUACCAAUGGUGGACAUACACAAAAACUCCCAAAGUCACUACGAAACAAAGAAAAGGCAGGUGAUGGUGUAAAAUUGAAAUCUAGCAUGGAACUAAAAUGGUUGACAUUAAGGCAGAACUCAAUGCCAGUACAAAUUGAUUGCAAUAUUUUAAGAGUUAUUCCUAAGCACAAAAAAAAACGUAUCAAAAGCGCAGAAUAUAAGAAAAUGGCAUCCAAAUAG